AUGGUAUCAGAUAAUCCACUUCAACAAGUCCGUGAAUCUGCCAAAUGGGUCAGCGAACAUGCAGAUAAUGUCAAAAUUGAUCCAAUUGCAAUAAAUGAAUUUUUAACAAAUUUAAAAAAAGACGAAUAUGAUUCAAAAUCAUCAACUGUUAUAUUCCCAUUAAAUUUUUCAACUCCUAAACAUGAAGUUAAUUUUUGGUUUAUUUUAGAUUUAAUUAAUUUUGGCAGUGGAUUUAGAAAAGAGUUACACGAGGCAUCAAAAAGAGGAGCAUAUGAAACUAUAUGUUAUGGUUUAUUUGGAAUGUAUCUUUCCCAAAGUGGUAAUUUAUCAGCCAAUUUCUUAAAUAAAUUAUCAUUGAACGAAAUAUCAUCAUUCUUUAGUAUCCCAAUAAUUGAAGAGUACGAAAUGCAACCAGGAAUUUAUACCUGUCGUGAUACUCCAUUAAAACCAUUAGCACUUAAAAUUCAACAAGUUUUAAAAGAAAGCUCUGAAGUAAUGUUGGAAUUAGGUUUUGAUAGUUUUGCUGAUUUUGUUUGGAAAAUAACUGAUCCAGUUAAAACUGCUCAAAAAGGUGGCUGUUUAGCUUCAAACUUUGUCAAAGAAUUGGUAACCAAAAUCCCAGCCUUCAAUGACCAAGUUAAAUACAAAGACCAUAAUGUUUUCAUCUUUAAAAAAGCUCAAUUAUUGGCUGCUGAUCUUAACCGUCGUUUCAAAGAUAGCGAAUCUGCACGUUUUAACUUUACCGAUAUUGACCAAAUUACUGUAUUUACCGAUAAUGUUUUACCAGCUGUUUUAAGAAAGUUUGGUAUUUUAAAACUUUCAAAAGAAUUAGAAGAAAAGUUAGAUAAUGGUGGUGAACUUUUACCUGGUAAUGAUGAAGUUGAACUUAGAGUCCAAGCAAUUCAAGCUUCAAUCGAAAUUGUUGAAAUGUCCAAAACCAGACCAGAUAAUUUUAUUAAAAACUCACUCGAAUUAGAUUAUUAUCUUUGGACCAAAGGAAAAGACGAAUCAUUUAGAAACGAAUUUAGGGAUGAAAAUAAUUUUGUUCAAGACGAUUUAUUCAAAGAAAAUGAACUACUACCAAUUUUUGAUAAUAAUGACUAUCAAGUAUUAUUAAAUAGUUUUAAUAUAUCUUUAGAUAGGGAUAGACAAAUCAUAUACAACAUUACAAAAGGAAAGCACUAUACACAACUUCAACUUUUAGAAAAUGAUAGAGUUUUAGGAUUCUUUUUAGAUAAAGUCAGAGAUUAUUUAUCAGAGAAUGGGUUUGAUGUCAUCAAAUUUGAACAGUUGGUAAAACUUUUAUGCAAUAGUCUUUUUGUCUGUAAAAUUCCAUUCAUUGGUAGUGCAAUUAGUUUUAUCAUUGACUCUGCUGGUAUUCUUUUAGAGGCCCAAUGUUACAGAGACAUUGCCGAAAACCUCCCAGCACCCAAAGGCGGUAUUCAAUUAACAGGUAUUUCACUACCCAAAUUAUUAUAAUUUUAAUUUUAAACAACAAAAUUCAUUGUUUUUAUUAUAUCAUAAAUAAAGUAAAAACCAAUAUUUAUUAAUAAAGAAACUUUCUUUAUAUUUUUCAAUAUGU